AUGUUUAUAUAUCUGCAGCAGGGGCUAUCAUGGCGAUCAAAGCAGCAGAAGUGCAGGCAGUUGCGCGCACAUGCCGAGCCAGAGGCAGAGGAGAGCACAAGCGAACGCACAGAAUUGGACAAUGGCGACAGCGAUGCAGGUGUGGACGUGCCACCAGCACUGACCGGCAACAGCAAAUUCGCAUCGGCGCUGCAGGCUGCGCUGAAGCGCUCGGGGGAUGCAGGAGUGCUCACUGCGGGAGAGCCUGCCGAGCGCAAACAUGAGCCCCCGCGGCCGACGGCAUUGGAGGAGGUGCUGUUGACAGCGCUGAGGGAUUCGAGGCGCAAUCUGGUGAUGAUUGAACAGGGCAAGAAGGAGCUUGAGGCGGCAAAGGAGCGCGAGCAGAUGCAGUUCGAUCGGCUGCAAUUUGCAUACAAGAAGGCCACGCGGGACGCGGCAUACGCGCGCACAAUGGAGAUGCUGCUCGAGAGGGAACGCGCAAAAUAG